AUGGAGGGUAUAUGUAGACCACCGGAGUCGCGUUGUACACAGGUCAGUUGAUCGUCGGCCUCUUCAUAUUCAGUCUGCCGUCUAGCAUUCUUCAUAAUCUCUGUUCCAUCUUCUCGACGGUUUCCUUCCGUUCCAUUCUUUCAAUUUUACAGUAGAUACUUCCGGACCUACCCCUCAUUAUCCUCCACCAAAUCCAGGGCGCCAUGCUCCGUACCGCUCUCUUCUCCACGGCUCUCAUCAGCCUCGCCUCCGCGCAUACAGCCGCUUGGGCGAAGGGCAUGUACUGUCGCGGCGGCGCAGAUCCCACCAAAGAUGAACCCAACACCCGCACAGCCGUCGACCCCCUCUACAACCUCACCAAACAAGAUUGGUGGUUCCAGCACGACCGCGGCUGCGACCUCGUUCCUCCUCCAGCGGACGAGUUUCUAGAGCUCCCCGCCAACGGCCAUUUCACCGUGGAACUAGCCCACAACCGUGCGCUCACCACGCUCUCGUACAACGGGAAAUACGCCACGGAUUGGCCGGACGGCCAAACCCACCCUGACGACUGGAAUUCGUGGACCGGACCGGGGAGUAGCUGUUUGGAUGAUGGCGCGCUGCAUGCGUAUAACGAGACUCAUGCGGCGGGCACGGCGUGGGCGAUCAGCUAUGAGAGCGAGUUGGAGAAAGUGACGAUGGAGAAUCUGGUCGUGUUCAGCGUGUUAAAGCAUACGCCAUGGAAGAGGAUGGCAACGUAUCAGGUGCCUGAUCUGCCCGCAUGCCCAGACGGUGGGUGUAUAUGCGCGUGGCUUUGGGUGCCCGAUGGAUGUGGACAGGGGAAUAUGUACAUGCAAGGCUUCAAAUGCAAAGUCACCAACGCGCGCUCGACGACUCCGCUCGCGGAAGCGCAACCGCCGGUCUACUGCGCUGAUGACAGGACGAAGUGCGUGAAGGGUGCGAAGCAGAUGCUUGCUUGGCACCAGCUCACGGGAAACAAUAUCGAGACCGAGUGGCCGGUCGCUCCUGGGUAUAACGAGAAAUGCGGUUGGAAAGAGGGCGCGCAGACCGAUAUUUUCGCGGGAUCCAAGCGGAUACAGCCGUCGGUUUCUUCGACCGCAGUAUCUACUACGCUGAUGCCAUAUGUGAAGAGAUAGCCUCGGGCGUGGACUGCGUGAGCCCCGCCAUCCUCCAAGCGUCUUUCUUUUUGAUGUCCAUAUUUCGCUUAGAGCUUUUCUGUCAGUCGACGAGUCUUUCAGUUGUCCACUUUGGCGUUCACUUUUCUAUGUA